GUUUACCUCAUUCUCUAUAUGCAGAAUGUGAAGGCCUCUCACUGUGCCUGUGAGCUGACCAAUGUGGAGAAGCCUUUCCCCAAGGACAAACUGCUGAGUAUUGAGACCUCCGCUGCGGAAUGCAAUAAGAACAUCCAGUUGGCAAAGGUGUCUGAGGAGGCUUCCCUGCGUCUGGGUCUGCAUAAGCGUCUGCUGCAGCUGCAGGAUGAGGUGUCUGUGCUGGAGCAGGAGGAUGAUGGUGGUCUGUAUGGAGCCGUGUCUCUCAGGAUAAUAGAGCUGGAGCUGGCUCAACUUCUGCAACUCAUCAACAAACUGAACGAGACAAAUAUCAUGCAAGAAAAUCUUGGUAGAAACAUCACUGUCAAUGUACUGCACUUAAGAAAGGAGCUGAAACAGCUUGAGAAAUUUGACCACAUGCAGAUUAUUCAGAAGCUGGAGGAGAACAAGGGACUGCAGAGGAGUCUGGCCCAGUGCCAGGAGGAACUCCAGGCCACACCCCCUCCUCCAACUCCGCCCCCAGGCUCUUGUCCUCAUGGUCGCCUUGUGCAAGUGGAUGGCCCCAAAUCGUCUUCGAUCACUGAGCACGAUGGCUAUCAUUACCACUAUGGGUCCUGGGGCCAAGACCCAAAACCCAGUCAUGGGAAGGAGGGCUGGUAUUGGCUGGUAGCACUGACAAAAAGUGACACCCAUGCCAACUAUGUCCGGCUGUACACCAGUCUCAAUGCUCUAAUGGUAGGCAAAGGACACACAGAUGUCUCCAUAGAUUAUUACAACCCCAACACCCACACCAUCCAGGGGCCCAAUGUGGUGAUGUACGGUGAUGCCCUCUACUACGGCUGCUACAACACCCCCUCUGUCUGCCGCUUCAACAUGACCUCACGUAAAGUCACCACUGCAGCUCUUCCACCAAAAUCCGGUGUCAACAACAAGUUCCCUUUCUGUCACUUGGGGUAUUGCUACGUCUACACAGAUCUGGACCUGAUGACAGACGAUUCUGGUGUUUGGCUGGCCUACACCUCCGCAGAGAACUAUGGCAACGUGAUGCUCUGUCAGGUUGAGUCUGGUCAUGUUCCCAAGUUAGGACGCACCUUGAAAACGUCCCUGUAUAAACGCUCAGCCACCAACACCUUCAUGGCAUGUGGCGUUCUCUACGCCACUCGGUAUGUGGACAAGGAGACAGAAGAGGUAUUCUACUCCUUUGAUACACGCACUGGUGUGGAACGCUAUGAUCUGGACAUUCGUUUCAAGAAGAUUAAGGCCAACGUAGAGUCGCUCAACUAUAACCCUUCUGACCUAAAGUUGUAUGCUUACAGUGAUUCUCAUGUAGUGCAAUAUGAUGCCAUUUUUGAGAGAGGGAUUUGACAGAAUAUCAUUUAGUCCUCAUUUUGAAUUUGUGUUUGUUUAUACCAAGUCAUGAUGAAUUAGGAGUUAACAUAAAGAGGGGCAAUGAUAGACUCACUUUGUUUUUUGUUUUUUUAGAGGAACAUAGACUUGGAACCCUUCAUGUCAUGUUAUGGAAACUGAAAUACUAUAAUCUGCUAUAUGCUGUUCUGU